AUGUAUCCUAGAAAAGAGAACAUCGAUCUAGCAUUGCACCUACACAAAGGCGAAUUAAGCGAGCGCGCUCGACGGAUAACAGGUAAAGCCAACGCCUCGAGCUACGCCGCAGACCUCACAGCAGAGGAAAUCAAACCCGGCGCCCCCCUGAACGUCAUCGCAAACAGGCGAGGCGACAACCAAGUCAGCUACAAUCGUUUGGACAGGCUGGGUGCCAACUGGACAACAGUUGAUCUUCCGCAUGACUGGCGUAUCCACGAACCUCCAUCGCCGAACCGACCGGAGAGCAUCAAGCCCGGUUUCCAGUUAGCGUACCAGGGGUAUUACCAUCCGGGUGUCGCAUACUACCGCAAAACGCUUGACUGCGAGGAUCUUGCGGACCCCGCGGUCGACGGACCAGGCUGA